AUGGAGGCGUUUGCGGAAAUCAGUCAUGAUACCAAGAAAUUCAGGUUUGGGCUACCUUCAACARAUCAUAUAUUAGGACUACCUGUAGGYCAGCAUGUUUACCUUUCUGCAAAAAUUGAUGGUAACCUGGUGAUUCGAGCCUAUACUCCYGUUUCCAGUGAUGAGACAAAAGGUUAUGUUGAUUUGUUUUUACAGGUCUACCACAAAAAUGUGCACCCCAAGUUUCCAGAAGGUGGGAAGAUGUCCCAGUAUCUGGAUAACAUGAAGAUUGGAGAYACCAUUGAUUUCAGAGGGCCAAAUGGACUCCUUGUGUAUAAGGGGACAGGUACCUUUCUUAUCAAGCCUAAUAAGAAGUCUGAAGCAGAGAAGAAGUUUGCAAAGCAYCUCGGGAUGAUAGCUGGAGGAACAGGAAUAACUCCUAUGUUGCAGCUGAUCCGUCAGAUCACAAACGAUCCUAAGGACACCACAAAAUGUUACCUCCUUUUUGCCAAUCAGACAGAAAAUGAUAUAUUGCUGAGAGCUGAGCUGGAAGACAUUGCCAAGCAGCAUCCUGAGCAAUUUCGGCUGUGGUACACACUGGACAGACCUCCAAAAGACUGGAAAUACAGCUCUGGCUUUGUGACUGCAGACAUGAUGAAAGCCCACCUGCCCCCUCCUGGCAGUGAGACCCUCAUUCUCAUGUGUGGGCCCCCUCCAAUGAUUCAGUUUGCCUGUCAGCCCAACCUGGACAAACUUGGCUAUCCCAAGAGCAGUACAUUUGCWUAUUAAUGGCACCUUUUUGUAAGUACUGCAUAUUUUUCUACAGGAACAAUUGAUUUGUAACUGUGCAGCAUUUUUGUGUGUGUAUGUUUUUUAAUCCCUUGAUGUAAUUUCUGGAGUUUAUGACUUCAUAAUUACCUUGUAUGUUUUAAUACUAAGAAGUUGAGAUGUCAUCUUGAAUUGUGUGGAAGUUAUUUAGUCUGACCUCUUAAGCUAGUAUUAAACAUGAAUUCUGAGGGAAAAACAUUAAGAUGAGUGGUCUUCUACAUGUAGUUAUGUUAAAUCAUUCCACAGGCACCAAGAGAGAGGGGAACAUUCUGAAUUUAUUCAUAGCAGUCAAAAAAUAAGCAUUUAUACCGGUGUUACGCUAAUUAGGAUUUCUUACUACAUAUAUUUAAAAAAAGAAUCAAUUGUUUUGCAGAUUUGACUAUUCACAGCCAAGUGAGUUAUAAAUACGGAAUAAACAGUGAGUUAUAAAUACAGAAUUGAAAGAAAUAGGAAAACGUGUUUGGAAUAUCCCAUUUGCAGUGCUUUAGUGAGUCUGUUGGCUAACUGACCUGGCAAAGUAUUGCCCAUGGUGCCUGAGCUGGUCACUGCAUUUCCAGACUGGUACAUUUAAUCUGAUGCAGUCCUGUCUAGYCCAGUACAACAGCAACAGAUUUAUUUUGUUAGAUGUUUUAAAGAAAUAAAUCUUUGUUUUAUUCUGCU